CCACCACUGAACUUUUCUGUAUGUGCGCGCUCGCCCCUCAACAACUGUUCUUUUAGCCUUUUGCCCCUCCGACACCGACAACCCGGCACCUUUCAUUUCUUCGAACCACGCCCGAUCGAAUCUUCUGCCCUCACUUGAAAGAGAAUUAUACCGUUGAGCCGAAGAAACACUAAAAAACCUCGCCCAUCAUGCAGGCUCCGGUGGUGGUUAUGAACACCAACAGUGGUGAGAGGCAGACUGGCCGGAAAGCCCAGCUGUCCAAUAUUGCUGCUGCCAAAACUGUUGCCGACAUUAUUCGAUCAUGCCUCGGCCCCAAGGCCAUGCUAAAGAUGCUGCUCGACCCCAUGGGCGGCAUCGUUCUCACAAAUGACGGACAUGCUAUCCUUCGAGAAAUCGAGGUCUCCCACCCUGCCGCGAAGAGCAUGAUUGAGCUCAGCCGGACACAAGACGAGGAAGUCGGGGAUGGAACCACAACCGUCAUUAUCUUGGCUGGUGAGAUUCUCGCCCAAGCUCUUCCCCAGCUCGACCGUAACAUCCACCCUGUCGUCAUCAUUUCCGCCUUUAAGCGAGCCCUUAAAGACGCCCUUGAGAUCAUCGAGGAGAUCUCUCUGCCGAUCGAUGUCAACGACGACAAGGCCAUGUACCAGCUCAUCUCUUCUUCGAUUGGCACCAAGUUCGUUUCUCGAUGGAUGGAUCAGAUGUGCGACCUCGCCCUUAAGGCUGUCCGCACUGUGACAUGGGAGGCUGGUAACGGCAAGACUGAAGUCGACAUCAAGCGAUAUGCCAGAGUGGAGAAGGUACCCGGCGGUGAGAUCGAGGACAGUAGAGUUCUUGACGGUCUUAUGCUCAACAAGGACAUCACACAUCCCAAGAUGCGCCGGCGCAUUGAGAACCCCCGAAUCGUUCUCCUCGACUGCCCCCUUGAGUACAAGAAGGGCGAGUCUCAAACCAACAUCGAGAUUACCAAGGAGGAUGACUGGAAUCGAAUUCUGCAGAUUGAGGAGGAGCAGGUCAAGGCUUUGUGCGAGGCGAUUGUCGCCGUCAAGCCUGAUCUUGUCAUUACGGAGAAGGGAGUGUCUGAUCUUGCCCAGCACUACUUCAUGAAGGCCAACAUCACAGCUCUCCGCCGAGUUCGAAAGACCGAUAACAACAGAAUAGCCCGCGCUACCGGUGCCACCAUCGUCAACAGAGUAGAGGAUCUCCAGGACUCCGAUGUCGGUACCCGAUGUGGCUUGUUCGAGAUUGAGAAGAUCGGAGACGAGUACUUCACAUUCCUUACCAAGUGCCAGGACCCUAAGGCCUGCACAGUCCUUCUCCGAGGUCCCUCCAAGGAUGUCCUCAACGAGAUCGAGCGAAACCUCCAGGAUGCCAUGGGUGUCGCACGAAAUGUCAUGUUCUCUCCUCGGUUAUCGCCUGGCGGUGGUGCUACAGAGAUGGCCGUAUCCGUGAGGUUGGGUCAACUCGCCAAGAGUAUUGAGGGUGUCCAGCAGUGGCCCUACAAGGCUGUAGCAGAUGCUCUUGAGGUUAUUCCUCGAACUCUCGUCCAGAACGCUGGCAAGAGCCCUGUCCGUGUGUUGACAGAUCUCCGAGCCAAGCAGGCCGAGGGUAAGAGCACCUGGGGUGUCAACGGUGACACAGGUGCCAUCGCAGAUAUGAAAGAGUACGGAGUGUGGGAGCCUCAGGCUAUCAAGCUCCAGAGUAUCAAGACCGCCAUUGAGGCUGCUUGCCUUUUGCUCCGAGUUGAUGACAUUUGCAGUGCCAAGAAGGCUGCGCAGAUUGGUGGCGGCGGGGGUGGCGAAGAAUAAAGAGAAAGAGCAUGUUUGUAGAUGACAAUUCUGAUGUGUCUGUGU